AUGUCUGGUGACAGCGUGGAUGCCGCCAUGCAGGCGCUGGAGGAGCUGCGCUCGCAGAUGGACCUGCUGGUGGACACAGUGAAGGAAAAGAUGCAGCGCCUGCACUCCGCCCUGGAUGCGGCGCAGGCACCAGGUCAACCCAAGGCCCGGGUUGUGUCGGCCGAAGAACCUGCAGCGCUGGUAGACUACAGCAACGCGCAGUCAGAGGAGCAAGCUGUGAUGAUCGAGCAGACCAUGGAGAGGCGUUUCGUGGGCAAUUUGGCGGUGAAGAGAGGAGAAGAGAUUCGGCUUCACGGAAGGUGGAUGGAACUGUCAGCGCGGGCAGGGGAUGAUGAUGCGGUGCUGAAGUCAUUGGUUUUCAGACAAACAGGGCACCGAGUCUCUGACAAGACGCAGAGGAUCCAGAAGAAUUCGGCCCUACAUCCUGGAGGAUCUGUGCGAGUGUUCUGGGACGUGAUUGGCAUCAUUUUGCUCUGUGGCGAUGGCAUGCUGAUGCCUGUGUCGCUCGCCUGGGAUUUGCACAUGGACGAGGCCAACACUUUCAGCCUGCUACUGACGUUGUUCUUCUGGAUCGGCUUGAUCUAUUGGAGUCUGGACAUCCUGGUGAACUUCAACACGGCCAUCUAUGUUCAAGGCGGCUUGGAGACCUCGCGGAACGCCAUCGCGCUGAAGUACCUUCGCUCGUGGCUGGUCUUCGAUGCAGCACUGGUGAUCCUUGACUUGGUCAAUGCCACUGGCGAGAUGGCAGGCGACUUGGGCACGCUGCGCUCACUGCGGGUAGUGCGGGCAUUGCGGCUGCUCAGACUUCUCAAGGUGAGCAAGCUCAAGACGAUCAUCGAAGAUAUGGUCGCCUCGACAGGUCGCCAGUCCAUCGUUUUCUUGCUGGCGAUCGUCAACACUGGCGUGCUCAUUGUGUUCUUAUGCCAUCUUCUUACCUGCCUCUGGUAUGGCAUUGGCAGAGCGUCUGCGGAAGAAGGCCAAAUUUCCUGGAUUGACAUUUCGCAAGCUCAAGAUGUACCUGGCUGGCAUCAGUACCUGCACUCCUUGCGCUACGUGAUCAACGCGCCGUCACCGCCACUGGUGGCACCUGACAACAGCCGGGAGCUCGUAUUCGAUAUUUGCACCAACGUGCUGUGCCUCAUCGUGCUGGGCUCCGCAGUGUCCAAGAUCUCCCAGGCCCUCGCAGACAUGCGCGCCACCAACGAAGAGCAUGACCGCCAGAGGAGGGAGGUCCGAUUGUACUUGACGAACCAGAAUGCGCCUUUUGAGCUCGUGACACGCAUCAUGAAGUUUGUUGACUACAGGCUGGACAAGAUGACCUUGGCCAGCUUCGACGGCACUUUGAUCUCAAACAGCCUGCGGGCGGAGCUCUUUGUGAACCAGAGAAGCGACUACUUGGUGCAGCUGCCGAUCUUCUCCUUGGCACAGGCGGUCUACCCGGAUGUCUUUGCGGACAUUUGCGCACUCCUUCAAAAGCAGGUCUUUGAGAAGAAACAGCCAGUCUUCGUGGUGGGCUCGUGGGCCAAGGGCAUGCAUGUGACCAUCAGUGGUACCUUCAGCUACGCCGACCCGGAUUCAAUUUCCGAGCAGGUGCAGGGCAUUUCUUGGUUCGAGGAGGCCAGUCUCUACACCGAUGGUCUGCUGCACCAGUCUUCGCUCAUUUCCAAGACAUUUGCAGAGACCUUCAUUUUGGCGGGCAGUGAUCUGGUGCAGUGCGUGCAGAACACCCCAGGCUGCACGCGGAUGUUCCUGGAAUACGCUCGCGACUUUGUGGCCAACCUGCAGAAGAACGGAGACCCCUUCAGUCGCAGUACUCAGGUCCAGGCUGGCGAAAGCGCCUGCAUAUCGAGUUUGCACUAUCAGGAGCUCUACCCAGAUCCGCGAAAGAUGUUCGACAACAUCCUCGUGGGAGAAGCUCUCGCAGGCAGUGUGGCGGCUUCAGAAUCGGAAGCAGAGGAUGCCGAGGCAACACGGCGGAUCUCAGAGUCCCAACUUUCAGGCAACAAGGAGAGCUGGCUCCUGCGACGACAAGACUCUGCCCUGAUGGCCGUCAACAGCAAGGCUUCCAUGCGGAGUGAAAAGGAGAGCCAGGACGCUCAAGAGUUUGGCCUGGCUGGCCUGGCUGAGGAUGCCAUGCAGGGCAACCUCACCGAGGAUGACGACGCCUUGUGCAAGCGCCUGAGGACAUCGUUGCCCGAGCUCCAUGAAGAGUACGGCCCCCACGCCAUCUUUGAGCAGGCAACAGAAAGGGCGCGUGCAGAAUCUGCUUGCAUCAGCGUCCUCGCCCUUGUGAGCAAUCGAUUUGAGACUUUUACCCAGCAGCAGCCGGACGACGAGCGGCUCCAAAAUGGCCAGUGGGGACAGCUCCAGGACAUCGUCACGUGGAUAGCGCCCUCCGCAGAGCAGGUGCACGGAGUCCUGGUGCUCUUGGCCAUCCGGGGCCUUUGCAAGUCGAAGGUGGCCAUACGACAGAUACCGAAGCCGAGCAGAAGACCUGAGCGCGCCAUCCUUUACCUUAUGGAUUGCGCGCGGAACGUGGUGCCCUCCGUGCAGUUUGUGAGCGAGAGCGCCAUGGACUUUGUGCGCAGCGCGCUGGUGACCCACGAGGCCUUCAACCUGGCGCAGAUGCUGCAGGCCGAGAACGUGCCCGGCAGCGUGGUGAAGCUUCAGCAUCACAUCCAGCAGCGAGGGGAGGAGGACUUGCGCUUCUACCUGCUUUUCUUGCUGGGUUUCAUGAGCGGCCUCAGCGGGGGCCAAGGGUCCACGUGGAUGAAUGCAAAGAAUGCGGAAGGAACCUUGGCCGGCAUCCAGAUGCUGCAGCAGCUCAUGACCAGCACCCCCAGGGGCAUCUACUGGGGCUUCCUUUCUGCACGGGCGGAUGCGCUGGCCAUUCCACGGGAAACCACGGAGGACUUGGCUCUGCUGCGGCUCAGCGUCUUGGCGCGGCUCCAGAGCGCGGAGGGCUACGCCCAGCUGCGGGCCUCCUGGGAUGCCGUAGGCACCCGGGAGAAGACCGUUCUCACACAACACCUGCUGGCAGACGGUAUCGAAGAGAGGGCCUUCAUAUUGGAGUUCCUGCCGGCAUUGGUGUCAAAUGCCCACAGAAACCGCGUGAUUGGGUUGACCCUCUUGCUGGAGGUCUUGGUGAGCCUUCUCAGCAACCUGCAACCCGCCCUGGCCCACAUGGCCCUAGACAGCGACCGGAAGAUGGUGCGAGUGGAUCUCUCCGAUAUGGCAGAGUUUGUGGCUGCGGUGCAGAACCGCUUCGUCUUCCAGACCUGCAUGGUGCGCUCUCGGUUGCGGUUCUUUGGGGACCGCUUGCAGCUGGAGAUGACCGGCGGCAACUGGGCCCGCUGUGGAGAGCCGGACAACGACACCACCGCGCUCGCACACGCCCUGAAGGAGAUCUUUGAGCGACAGCGAGAUUUGGAGAUGCGGGUUUCGUCGCCGGACGUGCCCAAGCGCCAUCUAGACAAAGUCCAAAGUGUGAGUUGCUAG